AAGCGGCGCAGCACAGUAGUAGUCUUAACAGACCUAGCCGCGGAGCAGAGGCGCGGCGCGGCGGCCCUUCACUGCAGACGAGAGAAGAGGCUCGCGAGCAUGGACGCGGUGCACACCCCGGCCGUGACGCUGUCCUGGAAGAACAUCCGCGUGCGGGUGAAGCAGGACCACCGGGAAGGCUCUUUAGGCGCGGCCGGCAGGUCCUGGCGGUCCUGGAUGCCGACCUUGCCGUCCUCGCCGGGCUUUGGCGCCGGGGAGCCGCUCCUGGGGUGGCGGGCUGCGCGUCAGAAGCUUCUCAUCGACGGCGUGAGCGGCGCGGUGGAUGGCGGCUCGUUCCUCGCCGUGGUCGGCGCGAGCGGCACGGGGAAGACCACGCUGCUAGCCGCCAUCACGAAGCGACUGCGAGGUCGCGCAGUGUCCGGCGAUGUGCUGCUCAACGGGCGCGCGGCGAGCGCCAAGCUGCUGGCCAGGGUGUGCGGCUUCGUGCCGCAGAAGGACCUAGCCACCGUGACGCUCACCACCACGGAGCACCUCAACUUCAUGGCCGUGAUGCGUCUGGACGCGCGCGUGUCCGCGUCUGCGCGCGCUCGCCGCAUCCGCGUGCUGCUGGCCGACCUGGGGCUGACGGCGUGCGCGCACACCAGGCUGGCACACUUGUCGGGCGGCGAGCGGCGGCGCGUCGCCCUGGCCGUGCAGCUGAUGGUGUCGCCGCUGGUGCUGGCGCUGGACGAGCCCUGCUCCGGGCUGGACGCCGAGGGCUCCCGCGUCGUGCUGGAGGCCCUGCGCAGGGAGGCGGGCCGCGGCCGCGCCGUGCUCUGCACAGUGCACCAGGCCGCGCCGGACCUGCUGCGCCUCUUCAGCCACAUCCUGGUCCUGUCGGCGGGCAGGGUCGUGUUCCAAGGGCCGCUGGACGACGCGCAGCCCUUCCUGGCCGAGGUCGGGGCGCGCGGCCAGGCGGGGUGGACGGCGUCGACGCCGCUCGACGCCAUGCUGCAGCAGCUGUGCGACCCCGCCGCCCACCUGGACACGGCCAGGGUGUGCACCGCCUUCGCCAACUCGGGGCACGCGCAGAUCCUGGAGGAGUACCCCGUCAGCGAGGAAGUUCUUGCCCGCGACGUCAUUCGAGCCCCUGACAUCAAACACGUAUCGUGGUUCACCGAGGUGUCCUGGCUCGUCUGGAGGGAGGUGGUGGACGCCAGGAGGCAGAACUCCCGCGUCUUCGCGCAGCUUGCGUUGUUCUUGGUGACGGCCGCCAUCAUGUCGCUGGCCUUCAUGGACGUGAGGCUGACGUCGCUGGCCGGGGUGCAGAGCGUGCGGGGGUUGCUGUACCUCAUCGUGAGCGAGGUGGUGUUCACGCACUCCUACGCCGUCUUCCACACCUUCCCCGCCGAGCUGCCCAUCUACCUGCGGGAGUCGGACCUGUACUCGUCGUCCGCCUACUACGUCGGCAAGGUGCUCGCCACGGUCCCGCGGUCUGCCAUAGAGCCUCUGCUGUUCGUCGGCGUGAUCCAGAGCCAGGUGGACCUGACGGCGGGUGGCGGCGUGGUCACGUUCGUCGGCGUCCUGGGCAUCCUGUUCCUCACGGCGCUCACGGCGUCGGCCUACGGUUGCAUGCUGUCGGCGCAGUUCGAGUCCCCCGAGAUGGUGCUGGCCGUCACGCAGCCCGUCGACUUCAUCUGCGUGCUCUCGGCCGGCAUCUUCAACACCAUCAGGUCACUGCCGUUCUACAUCAAGUGGACGCGGUUCGUGUCCGUGUUCUUCUACUGCCACGAGAUGCUCUCCAUCGUCUACUGGCAGAACGUCGUCCACAUCGACUGCCCCGUGUCCAGCCCGGACCUCCCCUGCUUGAAAGACGGCGGCGCGGUCCUGGAGGACAUCGGCUUCGACACGGCCAACCUGGGCAGAGACCUGCUCGGCCUCGGCGCGCUGUGCCUCGGCCUCCACGUCGUGGGCUUCCUCGGCGUGGUCAGGCGUAGCCGCCAGCAGUCCGCCUUCUAGAGACAAGCUGCACCGCCUGCACAGCGCACGCACAGUGUAGGCACGGCGGAAGGGGGAGGGGGAGGGGCACCAGUGACGCGAACGGCAAUGUAUAAAGUAGAUUCUUUACUGUUAUAACACACGAAUUAAAGACU